AUGGAGAUACCAAGGGUUGGUUCCAAGCCGUGGCCCACGGUACACAGAAUAAGCCUAACAUUUAGUUGGCGCAGGACAAGCGCUGCGGUCGAAACCGAGGAAGCAACAUACCAGCCCCGAGAACAAUCUUGGGGGAGGGGGAGAAAUCCCCAAGAAAGCAAGCACGAAAAAGGGAAGAAAUCAUUCCCCCGCAAGAACGCUAGGGGGACGAGGGCGGCGGCGCACAGUUACCUUCCUCCGGAGGGGAUCCAGGCGCAGACUAGCAGAGUAUCGAGAAGAGAAGGGUUUGCUCUCGUCCUGCCGCCGCGCUGCUCCGUCGAUUGGGUUGUCCGAGGCCCUCGAUCGCCGGUAUUUAUGGCGGAAUUGCUGCGCGUCUGGGAGGGAGGGCGACCGGAGGAGGAUUUGCUAGAGAUGGCAAGGGAAUCGAGGAGGGACCGCGGGGAAGUUGCGCCGCUCCAGUCUCCAGUUCCGCACGGCAUUCCCGUGGGCUGCCGCCUGCCAGAUGUCCUGCUCUAG